CCAUGACAUAAUGAAUAUAAAAAACUUGAUCUAAAGUUUUUUUCUUUUGGUUAAAAUUAUGACUUAUUCUCCAAAAGUUGAUUCAAACACACCCCCAAUCCAUUUACAAAAUAUCAUCUUAUAAGUUUGAUAUGUAAAUGAGAUAAACCCUUACUAAUCUUGGAAAAUUUAUAUGGCAUACAUUUUGUUAAUUGAGGUACGAGACCAAUGCCUUCUUUUGGAAGACAACGGAGGAUUUCAAUGCCGUAUCAUGUGGAAAUCAAACUGUAGGAGAAUCCAUUACAUUAUUUACCUCACUUGUGCAACAACUGCUGAAGAAUCUGCAAACAACAACACCCAAAAAGCAAGGGUUUUUUGCAGCCACAAAGAUAGAAUUGCCUGAUAAUAAUGGGCUUAUGCUGAUGGAUGUUUCAUGAGAUACUCCACCUCUUCCUUCUUUCCACAUUAUUACCAGCCCAUUGAUAUUACUUCCUUGGGCAAACAAGGUUCAAGUAAAAAGGGGGCCGUUAUCGGGGGAGUUGUUGGAGGAUUUGCUCUUGUUAUGAUCCUCCUGAUAUUAUUUAUCUGUAUUAGACGAUCAAAAUACUCGAAGAGAAUUCACAGAGGGGACAUUACUAUUGCAACUAUGUUGAAAGGCCUGAUUUCUUACAAUUAUAAGGAUUUGAAGUUUGCAACUCAGAAUUUUAGUGAAGAAACUAAACUAGGAGAAGGAGGAUUUGGUGCUGUAUAUAAGGGCACUCUAAGGGAUGGGAAAGUGGUUGCAGUCAAGAAGUUAACUUUACUCCACUCCAAGAAGAUAGAGGAAGAUUUUUUGAGUGAAGUGAUGCUUAUCAGUGAUGCUCAUCAUCCGAAUCUUAUUCAACUUUUGGGAUGGUGUAGUAAAGGCCGUGACAGAAUCCUUGUAUAUGAAUACAUGAAGAACAAUAGUUUGGACAGAUUCAUAUUUGGUGAAAAGAAAGGUCAUCUCAACUGGGAGCAGCGAUACGCUAUAAUUUUGGGAAUAGCAAGAGGCUUAACUUAUCUCCAUGAGCAAUUUCAAGUCCGUAUCAUACACAGAGAUAUAAAGACCAACAACAUUCUCUUAGAUGAUGAUUUACAACCUAAAAUUGCUGAUUUUGGAUUGGCAAGAUUUUUACCUGAGGACAAAUCUCAUCUUAGUACAAAAUUUGUGGGAACAUUAGGAUACACGGCACCAGAAUAUGCAAUUCAUGGUCAAUUAUCAGAGAAGGUUGAUAUUUACAGUUUUGGUAUUGUACUCCUUGAAAUCAUUACUGGCCAGAAAAGCAAAGCAUUCAAGGAUCAUGGUGAUGCUGAAGAUGAAUUCCUCCUACCAAAAGUUUGGAAACUAUAUGAGAGAGGCAUGCACUUAGAGUUGGUAGAUCAGGCCUUGGACCUUACUGACUCGGAAGCAGAAAAAGUGAAGAAAGUCAUAGAGAUUGGUUUGCUUUGCACCCAAGCUUUUGCUGAUUUAAGGCCAACAAUGUCUGAAGUGAUUGAUUUGCUCCAAAACAAUGGCUUAUCGCAUAUGAGACCCUCUAUGCCCGUCUUAAUUAUAACUAGUUAGGGGUCAAUGGAAGACACCUUUUUACCUUUACUAUUUCCUGCCCAUCAUCAAAUGUUAUUGUGCUCACUUGUAUAGUACCAGAAAGAUUGUUGGAAUGUAUCUAAAAUAAAGAGAUGUAUUUUUUAAAUUUACAAAUUAAUAAAUUUAUAU